CCCCUGAUGUCUCAACUAUGGGGUGUUACUGCCUCCUAACUUUGCGAUGCUAUACAGCUUUGAAGCCAUCAGUUCCAAAAACAUUUAUCUUGGUCUUAUCCAGGGGCGGACUGACAACUGAUGGGGCCCCCAGGCAAUAGGGGAUCAUGGGGCCCCUGUGUCCUUGCCCAAACUCAAAAAAGCCUAUGAAAAAGGUACCAGGGGCAUCUCAUGGGGCCCCCUACUGACCCCUGGCCCUCGGGCAGUGCUUGAGUUUCCAAAUGAUCAGUCUGCCCCUGGU